AUGGGAAAACAAACCCCUGUCAACAAGGUCGUCAUCGUCGGCGCUGGCCCGUCGGGAUUGUUGCUGGGGAUCCUGCUCGCAAAGCAGGGGGUCAAAGUACAAAUCCUCGAGGCGGCUGGAGAACUGGACAAGAAUCCCAGGGCGGCUCACUAUGCCCCGUCGGCAGUGUACGAACUACAUCGAGCGGGAGUUCUCGACGACGUGAAGGCCCAAGGCAUCCAUCCCGAUGCGGUGUGCUGGCGCCAUCCUGACGGCACCUUCAUCGCGGGCAUUCGAAGUCGGUUCGACAUAGAAUUCCCCAUGGUUUGCCUGCCUCUGGAUCAGCUCGAUGUCCUCCUCCUGCGACAUUUUCUGGCUCAACCAGAUACCGAGGUUUUGUGGAACCAUAAAGUCGUCUCCAUCGAACAGGACGACAACGAGGCCAGGGUCCACGUCGAAUCUCCGGUGGGGAAGAGGACGUUUGGCGCCGACUACAUCGUCGGAUGUGAUGGGGCAAACAGCCAGAUCAGGCGCUCACUUUUCGGUGAUCUGAAUUAUCCCGGGGAGACCCUACAGAAACAGAUCAUUGCCACCAAUGUAUAUUACGACUUCCAUAAAUUCGGGUACUGGGACUCGAAUUUCAUCAUCGACGAAAACGACUGGUACAUGGCGGCUCGAAUCACCCAAGAUGGACUGUGGAGGGUAACGUAUGGCGACGUAUGGGGCCUGUCGAACGAAGAGUACCUUGCAAGACAACCCGAGCGGUACGAGAAAAUCCUGCCUGGACAUCCGAAACCGGGAGAUUAUAAGCUCGUCAGCGCCAGUCCGUACAAGCUACAUCAACGAUGCGCCGAGUCUUUUCGGGUAGGAAGAUUCUUGCUCGCCGCCGACGCUGCUCAUCUAUGCAACCCAUUCGGUGGGUUGGGCCUAACUGGGGGAAUUGCUGACGUAGGGAGCUUGUUCGAUGCUCUCGUGGCGUUGAAGGACGGAAAAGCAGACGAUAGCAUUCUCGACAAGUAUAGUGAAGUCCGGCGCAAGAAAUGGGCCGAGAUCAUCGAUCCCAUGUCACGAGCCAAUUUCCGACGCGUUUGUCUAGACGAGGCCGAGUCGGAGAGACAAGAGUUCUGGGAACUUUGUAAGAAGAUGGAAGAGGAUGAGGAAUUGGCUCGGCAGAUGGCACAGGGAACGAAUAUACUGCGAGAGGAUUUUCGAGAGUAUUUGACGGCGAGUGCAGCAAUCACGGAACCUCGAUACGAUAUAGCUACGGCCUACAUCGAAGAUGUUCAAAUACAAACCUCCCUCCUUCAAAUAUCACAUACACUUCCGCCUCCAAUUGGCAUUGCACACAAUUUCCCCGUGGUGCUGGAGGGCAUGACACUGGCCGCAUUUGCCGUCCUGCUUGUGGGUGGGAAGCAGAAGAGAGAACAAGGCUGGGGCGUCUUGACAAUAUUGGUGGCAUUGGCAGCGUUUGUCCAGGCCAUUGGAAUGGCGUUGAUGGCAUAUCUGUACGAGAACGACGAGCGAUUUUUUUCCGGCUGGUAUCUCGACAAGAGUUGGACCAUGUGUACGAUUUCAUGGAGCUUUGAAGCAUUAUGUGCGGUUGCUAUUACCUUGGCAGCAGUAACACUGCCGAGUGAGGGAGGAUACGAACUGAUUCCAGAUCAUGGCUAA